ACCAAGAUGUUUCGACUGGAAAUUACCAUUGAAAAGAUGGGUGCCUUCUUCAAAUCUAUAAGCUGGACGAACAGACGAUGAUGGAGAACUGGGAGGGCUUGCAGACCGCGUCGCUUUCCAAAACUCGAUAAAUCACUCCAUCAGGUGGUCCUGGGUUGGAGUACGGGCGGACUUACUUUCUUGGCUCAUAAUUGGAUUUACUUGUUUGCGACUUUCAUGCGGAGCUUCACAAAAUUGGUAUAAUGUUUAAGGUUGAAUAUCUACUGAAACGAUUCCUUCGCCAUCCAUUGGGGGUAACGAUUCCUCUCUAUACAUUCGAAGUUCUAAGCAUCUACAGCCUAUGCUUUUUCUCGCCGCUUGUAAUCUCUCUUAAUUCCCCUGUGGUCUACCCGCUCAAAGCUUUCAAACCCGCAGACUAUCUCUGCUACAUUCUAUGCAUCGAGCAGAUCUUUGUCUUGUUAUCCCAUCAAGGCUCGAUUUGUAUCAAACCAUGGCCGAUUAAAUGUAUUCCCAGUCGAUUAUUGUUUCCCUCGAAUACCAAUUUUUCGAACUCUUCCCUUCUGCACAUCGGAAAUCUUGUUCACAAAACCAGAUUGCAACAUUUCCUUCGAGAAUUAUUCUUCCACCCAAGACAAGAGCUUCAUUCGCUUUCCUUAUUCCCAAAUACUGGACGAAAGCCCUCGAAGCUCCUCCUUCCACGAGUUUCAAACUUGGGAAAGCGGCCCCACAGAAAGAAGGUCUGCGGCGUGCAGUGUAUAAAGUCUGAGAAGAAGUUUAAUGCAGCUCAAAGGCUAACAUCCAGAUCAUUGAGGCCUGUGAUGAGGAUUUUUGGUUGUGUGUCCAAGGUAUUGGUUAUAUUGAGGUUAUUUGCGGCAAAGCUAGUCAAUCAAUGAAGAGCAAGAUCAAUUCCAACAGUUUACCAAUUGUAUAUCGGUCUUCUAUGGAUUGAUCAAUGCAUGGUAGCUAUCAUGUGACCGGGAGACUCUUACGCUGAAAAGUAGCGUCCUAGGAAUUUAUGUCAGCAAGUUCCCUUUCCCAAAUUAACAUCUCAAAUACCCUUCCUGUCAAGACUGUGACGAAAACCUCAUCAUGGGUAGGAACCCCACCAUGAACUUUGCUAUCGGAUAAUAGACAUCUUAAUUGGGUCCAAGCAUUAAACUUCUUCUCACUGUCAAU